GAGAGCGGCGGGGCCGCACGUGCCGGCGGAGGAAUGCGGCGGGGCCGGCCCGGGGCGGGGCGGGGAGCGGCGGCGGCUCCUCGGCCAUGGGGCGCCCGGUGUCGCUCGCCGUUGCCGCCGCGCUGCUGCUGGUGCUGCCCGGGACCGGGGCCGCCGUCACCCGCCUCCGGGUCUCCGCCAACUUCGAGUGCCGGGCCACCGCCGACAGCACGCUGAGCCGCCCCCGCUGCCACCGCCCGGCCCGGCCCGGGCCCGGGCCCCCGCUGAAGCCGCCCGCCCUGGCGCUGAGCAGGGCCCGGCUGUGCCUGCCCUCGCAGCCCUGCCAGCCCUGCCUGCGGGUGCGCCUGGCCCUCCCCGCCGCAGAGCUCGGUGGUGUCCGUGGGCUGCAGCUCAACUUCCUGGAGCUGGGUUCCAACCGGGCCGGCUGGCUGCAGGUGUGGCGACGGCACCGGGCGCCCGGCAGCUCGCUGUGGCAGGUACGGUUCGACUGCUUCCCGGCGGAGAGCGGGCGGCAGGUCCUCGUCUCCCUCCGCACCAUCCCCGACCGAGGCUUGGCCCUCAGCCGCAGCCGCCUGGUCGUCGCCGAGCCGCCCGGGCCCGUCUUCACCCACGCCUGGGUCCCCGAGGCGCGGGCCAUCGAGGUGUGGGUGCCCGAGGGCCCUGCCCUGAUGGUGCGGCUGUGCCACCAGUUGGCCCUGGAGUGCGAGGAGCUGCCCCGGCCCUUCCACCGGCAGGUGCUGGUGCUGGGGGGCCGCCGCGUGUCCCUGCCGUACGAGUUCCUGGUGCCCUGCCUGUGCGUCGAGGCCUCCUACCCCCACCACGACAGCCCGCGCAGCAAGCGCUGCCCCUUCCGCGACCAGCCCGACGCCUACGGCCCCGAGCUGUGGUCCUCGGUGCGCUUCCACGACUACAGCGCCAGCAGCAAGGACCAGAUGGCGAUGGUGCUGAGCGCCAGCUGCCCCCUGCACCCCCGGGCCACCCUGUGCUGGAGGGAGGCGGCAGCCGAGUCUGCGCCCUGCCACGAUGUCCCCAACUCCACGGCCAGUGAAGAGGAGCAGGCAUACACGCUGGACAAGGUGGACGUGCACCCCCAGCUCUGCUUCCGGUUCUCCUACGGGAACAGCAGCCACGUGGAGUGUCCCCACCGGCCAGAGACCGCCUGGAAUGUCUCGGUGAGCGUCCGGGGGCUGCAGCUGCACCUGCACCUCACCUCCAGCAUCCCCGCAGCCUUCAGCGCAGCCCUCUGCCAGCGCCGUGGCAGGCAGUGCGAGCCCGAGGCCCCCUUCUACACUGUCACACGGCCAGAGGGCUCUGCCCCAGGGGAGCUGGCGCUGCUGUUGCCGGUGCACGUCCUGGGCAGCUGCGUGCUGGUGUGGCGCUCGGAUGUGCACUUUGCUCGGAAGCAGCUGCUCUGUCCCGACGUCUCACGCAGGCACUUUGGGCUGCUGGGGCUGGCGCUGGCGCUGGGGCUGGUGGUGACCGUGCUGCUCUUCAACUGCCGUGGUGCCUGGAGGCCGGCUGACGGUGCCCCAGGCGGACGCCCCGUGCUGCUGCUGUACUCGCCGGACUCGGAGGAGCACCUGGGGCUGGUGUGCGCCCUGGCCGAACGGCUGCGCACGGGGCUGGGCUGCGACGUGCGCCUGGACCUGUGGGAAGCAGGUGGCGUGGGGCAGGCGGGUGCCCUGCCCUGGCUCUACGCCCAGCGGGGCCGCGUGGGCCGCCAGCGUGGCACCGUCCUCCUCCUCUGGAGCCGGGGCAGCGCUCGGCUCUUUCGCCGGUGGCGGGUCGGGGCAGCCGGCGGGAUCCCCGGAGACGCCCACGACAUCUUCGGGGCGGCCAUGGCCUGCCUACAUGGGGAGCUGGGGUCUGCGGGCUGCGGCGGUGGCUGGGUGCUGGCCUACUUCAGCCGGCUCUGCAGCCCCCGCGACGUGCCCCGGCCCCUCCGGCCCCUGCCCACCUACCGCCUGCCCCAACAGCUGCCCGGGCUGCUGGGUGCCCUGCGGGGCAGCCCCCCGGCCCCCCGCCGCUGCCACCGGGGCAGGGUGGGGGGGCUCCUGCACCGGCUGCUGGAGGCGGGGGCCGGGGAGGGCAGCCCCCCACCCCAGCCCCCCGGGGCGGCUGCUGGCACCUGAGCGCCCACGCUGGGGCUGAGCUGGGCAUUGCUGCGAGGCCGGCGGGGCUGGGUGCAGCCCCCCCCCCCACCCGGUGAGGGCAGGGGCCCAUCACGGAGGCGCAGGGCUCGGCUGAGCGCGCCGACCGCGGCGGCAGGAGGGGUGCCCGUGGGAGCCGUGGGUGCCGCGCCGCAGGGUCCCGAGCGGGGCUGGCCCCCGGCCGCAGGAUGUGCCGUGGGGGGCCGGGGCGAGCGUCCCGCCGGGUCCCUCGGGCCGGGAGCGGAGGUGCUGUCCCGGGCAGGGGCAGCUUUAUUUCCACACAGGGACUCGCUUCAGAGCAGAGCCGGGAUCCGGGGAAGCCCCUUGAGAUGGCACAGCAGGGCGAGGGGCCAGGGCGGCGCUGGAAGAAGCCGGGCGGUGGCGGGGGGGGGGGGGGUCUCCCCGCCUUGCCUGGGGCACGGGGGGCCGGCGAGGACGGGUGCUGUGCAGAGCCCGGCCCUGCUCCUCGCUGCCGCGCUGCCACCGGGACCUUGUCUGGGGUGGGAGCAAUAAAGGCACCGUUUCACGCUG